UUGAUCGGUUGCCAUGGCGGCGGCUGCUGGCAGCCCCGGUGCGGCUUAUGAGUGUAAUAUCUGCUUGGAGACAGCGCGGGAACCUGUUGUCAGCGUGUGUGGGCAUUUGUACUGCUGGCCUUGUCUGCAUCAGUGGUUGGAGACCCGACCGGAUCGCCAAGAAUGCCCUGUUUGUAAGGCCGGUAUAAGCAGAGAGAAGGUUAUUCCUAUUUACGGCAGAGGAGACAGUAACCAGAAGGACCCAAGAUUGAAGACUCCUCCCAGACCACAGGGACAGAGACCAGAGCCAGAGAACAGAGCAGGAGGAGGAGUUCCAGGUUUUACAGACACAGGAUUCCACAUGUCUUUCGGCAUUGGAGCUUUCCCUUUUGGCUUUUUUACCACAGUCUUUAAUACUAAUGAUCUUCACUCUGCUCCGCGUGCAGAUACGGGACUCCCACAAAGUAGAUUUUUUGGAUUGCCAGACUCCCUCUUCCUCAUCAUUGCCGCCUUCUUUUUUCUCUGGUUGAUCAGUGUGUAAGGACUGGGUGGUUUGCUUCUGCUAGCUCAUCAGCUGGAAGGUUAAGCUCUCUUUACCCUGAAAUGCUUCUGUUUCCACUCGCUGCAUCCCCUACUUUGGGAACGGUUUCACCACUAAUAACACUCCAGGCCAUAUAUGAACAUAAAUACUUCUUUACAAGUGUAUUCUGUUAAAUAACUUUCACUAGGCACUUUAAAUAUGGCCAUUUAAGCAUAUUGUUUUGUUUUGUACAGAAAGGCAAUUUGCCUCAAUAGUUCCCUUUAUAUAUCUUGAAAACUUAAUGAAAGCAAUUGAAUUCUUGUUGACAAAUUACUCCAUGGUAAAUGUCUAGACUUUUACUGGACACAGUUGUAGUCCAAUUCUCCAAAAGUUGUUGUUUUGGUUUUUUUUUUUGUUAUUUCUUUCAUGUAACCUGUUGGAUUUAGCCCUUAACAAUGGGAUGGUUUUAAGAUCUGCACUAAACAUUUUUUAAAAAGUUGUGGAGCUAGACUUCUAACUUGUGUAACCAAUUGUACUAUGGCAUCUCUAAAAAUGACUUCAUGCCGAUUUAAAGUUAGAGAACAGCGAGAAUAUUUGUGCAGGAUUACUCUAUAGAAAACAUUUCUUGGUUUCUGCAGGGAAUUCCAGUGGUGCAUACUUCUAGGUAAGAUGCACAAAUGAACCAUACAGAAUUUUUGGAAGGCUGGGGGAGCUUAAAAUGACUCUGGCCUAUGCAAAGGCUACAAUGCUUAUCUCUGUACUUAAAGAUGUUUUAUCAGUAAAUGAAUGAGUCUUUA